CUCUCUUUUCUGACUGCACCUUCAGACUGCCUUGCAUCUAAAGCAGAAGACCGCCUCUUCAGAAAGCUUUUCAGGAGGUACAACCAGUUCAUCAGACCAGUGGAAAAUGUCUCAGACCCUGUAACGGUGGAGUUUGAAGUCUCCAUCUCACAGCUGGUCAAAGUUGAUGAGGUCAAUCAGAUUAUGGAAACAAAUUUGUGGCUCAGGCAUAUCUGGAAUGAUUAUAAGUUGCGUUGGAUGCCGGAUGAGUUUGAUGGAAUUGAGUUCAUUAGAGUUCCAUCAAACAAGAUUUGGAGACCUGACAUUGUUCUCUACAACAAUGCUGUCGGGGAUUUCCUGGUGGAGGAUAAAACCAAGGCACUGCUUAAAUUUGAUGGUACCAUUACCUGGAUUCCUCCUGCAAUUUUCAAAUCCUCCUGCCCUAUGGACAUCACCUACUUCCCUUUUGACUAUCAGAACUGCUCAAUGAAGUUUGGCUCAUGGACCUAUGACAAAGCCAAGAUUGACCUGGUGCUUAUUGGGUCUAAGGUUAACCUUAAAGAUUUCUGGGAGAGUGGCGAGUGGGAGAUCAUUGAUGCUCCAGGCUACAAGCAUGACAUCAAGUACAACUGCUGUGAGGAAAUCUACCCGGACAUCACUUACUCCUUCUACAUCCGCCGCCUGCCACUCUUCUACACCAUCAACCUCAUCAUCCCCUGCCUCCUCAUCUCUUUCCUAACAGUGCUGGUUUUCUAUCUCCCGUCUGACUGUGGAGAGAAGGUCACGCUCUGUAUCUCCGUCCUGCUCUCCCUCACUGUAUUUCUACUCGUUAUCACCGAGACCAUCCCCUCCACAUCUCUGGUCAUCCCGCUGAUUGGAGAGUAUCUGCUCUUCACCAUGAUCUUCGUCACACUCAGCAUUGUCAUUACGGUUUUCGUCUUAAAUGUGCACUACCGCACCCCUAUGACCCACACGAUGCCCGGUUGGGUGCGCUCAGUGUUUCUCAAAGUGCUGCCGAGGGUUAUGUUGAUGCGGAGACCAACUGAUGAAGACAGCAAAGCUGGAGGGUUGGAGAACAGUGGGGAGGCAGGAGGAGCUGGAGGGGGAGGAGGAGGCGGAGGAGCCAAGAGGAAGAGUAACUUGACGCAGCAUGUAGGAGGGGGUUCCCUAAAUUGUCUGGAAUUUGGAGACAGUACAUUGCCCUCCAUGGAAGGCUGUGCUGGGAAAAAAUGCUCUUGUCCCUGCCAGCAUGAAAAGGAAAGUCCUGAUUCAACAACAACUGGAAAAACGACACGUCAGCUGAGUCCAGAAAGCAUAAAUUCAGUAGUGGCCUUCUCCGUUGUGUCACCUGAGAUCAAACAGGCCAUCGAGAGUGUUAAGUACAUCGCUGAGAACAUGAGGAGCCGAAACAAAGCCAAAGAGGUGGAAGACGACUGGAAGUACGUCGCCAUGGUGAUAGACAGAAUCUUCCUAUGGGUGUUUGUGACCGUGUGUGUCCUGGGGACAGUGGGCCUCUUCCUCCAACCACUUUUUGGAUUUGUUUCAUAA